CCCUCCACACAUCUCACGCCGCCGUGCUUCCCACACCGCAUCUUGGAAACGCCAUCAUGCAUCCUUGGCGGCGUUGAGGGACUGUGCGGAAUGCUCCCUCUGCACCCUCUGCGCCUUCUUCUGGGUCAACCGCCCGGUGUGGUUUGCUACCGGUGCGGGCGACCUCCAGAGUCCCAUCGAGGCCAAGCUCGAAGCUGUCGACCCAUCCUCGGGGCAACUCGGCAUUGUGCUAAAGGAGAAAGAUACCUGCCAACGUUUGGCCUUCACAAUGAUCGAGAAGACAUUCUGCCCCUACACCCGCUAGGCCCCACAACAUCCUCUCCGCACACGUUUAAACUCGCCAAUUUAUGGCUGGAUAAAUGCCUCAAUAACCAUUCCGAGUGCACAUCCAGAUUCACCCCUGGCGAUCGUCUGCCAACCCGUUUGAUUGAGAUACGCACUCACGAUCCCAAACGGCCAAAGUCUGCUCGCCUCCGCUGGGGAGCAACGUUGCCGACGGGUACAACCUACGUGACCCUGAGCCACUGUUGGGGCGUGGAACGUUUCUUGACACUAACCACACAAAACGAAGCUCACAUGAUGAACGAGGUGCCGUUGGAUGCCUUGGCGAUCAAGUUUCGUGAUGCCAUCGAGAUAACCUCCGGGCUUGGCUUCGGCUAUCUUUGGAUCGACAGUUUAUGUAUUCUUCAGGAUUCGCCAGAAGAUUGGGGUGCUGAAUCUGCACGAAUGGCUCAGGUUUUCGAACAUUCCGCCCUGACCAUCGCCGCAACAUGUUCACCAAGCGCCAGCUUCGGAUGUUUUGCGAAGAGACCAGCUCACUCUGAUUCCUGCCUCUUGCCAGAAGGCGCAUCGUCUAUUCUGGACGGCAAGGCCUCCUGGCUUACAACCCAGAAGAAAGAAGACGCGUUUUGGCUCGAGAAUGUGGAAUCUCAUUCGCUACCACUGCAAAUGAGAGGAUGGACCUUACAGGAACGACUACUAUCGCCCAGAAUUCUCUACUUCUCAAACGACGGGAUCUUUUGGGAAUGCAAUAAGGUGUGUGCCUCAGAAAUAUGGCAUAGCCAUAACCGGACACCCAAGCAGUGGAUCUCGCUCCUGAAGAUCCCGCCAACAAUCUCAAAGAAGAUGACCAUAUCAUGGCACGAGCUUUGGAUCACCUUACUCGUGGACUAUUCGCAAAGACUUUUAUCAUACCCUGAUCGGGACAAACUCGUAGCUGUCUCUGGCAUAGCUAAAGCGUUCCAAAAUCUCCUCCGGGAACGUUACUUCGCCGGCUUAUGGGAGGGAGAUAUGCUUCGAGCGCUAUGUUGGCAGAAGUCGUAUUCACCUGAUACUUCGCCUAUGUCACCUGAAGCACUCCUUUAUCGAGCCCCUUCGUGGUCAUGGGCGUCGGUCGAUGGCAAACUUGAGUUCGAUCUGAGGUGGUACAAAUCUCCCAAGGAGCUCAGAUAUCUUGCGGAAAUCAAACAUGUCGAAGCCGAUCUGGCAACGGAAGAUCCUAUGGGUCAGCUGAAAGGGGGAUCCAUCAAGCUUAUGGGAUUCCCCAUGCAUCUUCUCGUAUACCCCAACUCUGCAAUUCCUGCAGAUACUUGCAACGGUUGGCUGAAGUGCGUUUGGGAUAAGCGUUUUCAAAACAUAACUUGGGAUCGGGAACCAACCAGAGUCACCUAUCCUCGGAACUUGUGGUGCUUACCAAUUGUUCACAGAUCGCUGCCAAACAGUGGUACUUUGAACCACAUAUUUUGUCUUCUGUUGGAACCUGCGGAUCCCGAAUCAGAAACCCCCAACAAGUUCUAUCGAGUAGGCCUCCUGGCACAAUCUAACUUUCUGUCCAAAUACCAGUGGGAACUCGAAGACUCAAGAGAGAUCACAAUUAUUUAAGUUCAGCCUAGAACUUUUUAGGAUUUUUGUAUUAACCAGCAAUGGUUAAAAUCCGUCACCGUCAAGCGAAAUUCAUCGCCUAAGAAGCUUGUAACGUCCGUCACCAUGAAACGAGAUUCACCGUGAAGCGAGACGGUGAUACUUGUAUGGAGUAGAAGAAGAGACCCAGCCAUGAUGCGCAGAGUCUGCGUGUGCUCUA